AUGUAUAUACAAAAUUUGCCCAUCCCCACCAACUUUAUUGCUUAUAAGUAUGCUGAUGAUAUUGUGAUUGGUUGCCCAGCCCCUAUUUCAGACAGUUUUCGACCUCUUCAGGACAGUCUUAAUGAACUUCACGAUUGGUCUGUGAACCGAUCUCUUGAACUUAACGUCAGUAAGUGCAUUAAAGUUCCAUUUAGUCUUAAAACCGGUCCUCGUUAUUUUUCAUUUGGUGGUAAUCUCCCUGAUCUUAGAAUUAACAAUCAAAGUAUUCCCAAAUCUACAUCUGUUAAAUACCUUGGCGUCACCCUUACCCAUAACCUGUCCUGGCCUGCUCAUGUCAUCAACGUUUUCACAAACGUUCGAAAAUUCUCCUUCUAUGCUUACAGGCUCACGAAACUGGCCGUACCGCCUAAUCUUAUUAUUAAAUUUGUGAUUGCCUGCAUUCUUCCACACUGGCUAUACUGCUCCCCGAUUUUUAUCCCCGGACUGAAAGAAAAAGACUUCUCUUUAUUUUCAAGAUCCCUUAAACUUUUGUCCCGCUACAGUGGAGUUGAUAAAACUGUUUUAGUUGAUUUCUUUAUUUCCACGCAUCUUGACGCUUGUGAUACAUUCAUUGACAGGAUAAUGCAUGAUCAAGGGCACUGUCUGCACCAAGAUAUCGCGAAAGCCCUCACAUUAUUCAACCCCAGCUCAAUUGUUUACCUGUGUAAUUCCACUGCACAAUUCUCUGUUGACGAUGUUUACGUGAUCGGUGGUUUCGUAGACCACAAUCACCACAUAGGGCACUGCUAUGAAAAAGCCGUCUCCCGUGCACAUCGAACCGCACGCCUGCCGAUCGCCGAGUCCGGUAUGGUUAUUAACGGUCGUCAUGUGCUGAGCACCGUGCAGGUGUUUCAAGCACUGGCUCCGGUUUUGUCCGGUUCCAUGACAUGGGCCGAAAGCUUGAAUACUGCUGUGCCUCCGAGGAAAACUAUUCGAGCCUUAUACAGCUUAUCAGAAACUUCUCAUCCUCAAACUUCUACCAACAGCUCGGGUUCACUUAUUUGGAGUGUUGUCUGA